GAGGGUUGGAGGUGAACGGCCCACCUGCCGGGCGCACACGGGCCCGCAGGAACUCCGAUCCAAAACAAUGAGGUGCCGAAAGGUUCGUUACUUCCGUCACUGGCAACUGAAACCCAAACACACCAACCCACUUAUCCUCGGACACGGACAGCUCAUCCCUCUGUCUCUGUUUUUAUAAUUUUGAGUAAUUCUAUUAUUUUAGUAUCUGAAUGUAAAUUGCCUUCCAUAAACUACUGGAUCUGCUUCGCACCAUAACGGCAAGUCCACUCCAACCCAUCUGAAACGGAUUCAAAAUCUGCUACAUAAUCAUCGCCCAGUGUAAGGAUCAGAUUACAGCAAUCAGAAUUCCACCAACCGUACAGAAAAAUGCAGAGUAAGGGAUCGAAUACCCGGCUUUCGGGCAUGGCUUCUCGGUCCCGAAUCCCCACUCUCUUGCUCUUCAUGUUUGCCGCCUUCUCUUCCAUAUACGUCGCUGGCCGGCUAUGGCAGGACUCGGAAAACCGAGUGUAUUUGAUAAAAGAGCUUGAUCGGAUAACUGGGCAGGGGCAGUCUGCCAUAUCUGUGGAUGAUACAUUGAAAAUCAUAGCCUGCAGGGAACAGCAUAAGAAGUUAGCAGCCCUUGAGAUGGAGUUGGCUGCAGCUAGACAGGAGGGUUUUGAUUCAAAGCACUCAACAGAGACUACUGGGACUAAUUCUAAGAAAAGGCCUCUAAUAGUAAUAGGAAUACUGACAGGGUUUGGCCGCAAAAAUAAUAGAGAUGCAAUUCGUAAGGCAUGGAUGGGAACUGGUGCGGCUUUGAAAAGAAUGGAGCACAAGAAGGGCAUAGUUGUACGAUUUGUCAUUGGAAGAAGUGCAAAUCGUGGGGACAGUUUGGACAGGAGCAUUGACAGUGAAAAUAGACAGAAUGAUGACUUUGUUAUUCUUGAUAACCAUGUGGAGGCAGUUGAGGAGCUUCCAAAGAAGGCCAAGUUGUUCUUUGUUCAUGCUGCAGAUAAAUGGGAUGCUGAUUUUUACGCUAAAGUCAAUGAUGAUGUUUAUGUGAAUAUUGAUGCUUUGGGCACUACACUUGCCGCUCAUUUUGACAAACCUCGUCUUUAUAUUGGAUGCAUGAAAUCAGGCGAAGUGUUUUCUGAAAAGAGCCAUAAAUGGUAUGAACCAGAUUGGUGGAAAUUUGGCGAUAAAAAAUCAUACUUUCGCCAUGCUUCAGGUGAGUUAUACGUCAUAUCGCGGGCUUUGGCUAAAUUUAUAUCAAUAAAUAGAUCUAUUCUUCGUACCUAUGCCCAUGAUGAUGUCAGUGUUGGAUCCUGGUUUAUUGGGCUCGAUGUCAAACAUGUCAAUGAAGGAAAGUUUUGCUGCUCAUCUUGGUCAGCAGGAGCUAUAUGUGCAGGUGUUUGAUUUGAUUUACUUGAAAGACUGUUAAAUGAAAAUAUGAACGAGAUGCAGAUGGAUUGUUUUGGAGGUGGUUUUAAUGCAUCUCAAAGAUGUCUGCACUCUUUGAAAAAAUUGACAAAAAAGAAACAUUUCUCUUUAAAAUCUGUUUCUUGGCCAUCAAAAGAACAAUUGAAGAUAUUCGGUGUUAAAUCUGAUACAAUCUGGAGGUAGAAGAGAUGGGAAUGUUGGCACACAAUGGUUAUUGGAGAGGCAACCCAAAGCAAUUGCAGAGAAUAAUGCAAAAUUUUCUGUUUACAAUGUACCAUACUGUCUUCUAGCUCCCUUUGUAUUUUUAGGUUAUUCUUUCAUUCAUGGGAAAAUAUAUAUAUAUAUUGAAAGGAGUGAUUCUUGUCCACGUUGGAACUUGUAACAUGAAGUUCUCAUACAGAGAUUUCAGCUAAAUUUUUUGAAGCAAUA